GGCGUGGAUCAUCCAUCUCGGGCGCUCACCCCGCUCACCUCCUUUCGCAUCACAGCCACCACCUCCCCAGCACCUCUCCGCCACCGGGACAGGGGAAGCCGCAUCCCCAGGCGAUCAUGAUCCCGGGGCGGACAGCCUCGCGGGGUAUGCAGCCCGUCUCGCCACUCGCGUGGUUCCAGCCGUCGCCGUCUCAGUUCGCGAUCGGCGGACAGGGACAGCAAGGCGCACAAAACGGUCCGGGCGCGGAGUACAGCCUCCCGACGCCCGAGUCGCUUACGAGCCAGCCGUUCGCGGCGUUUCAUUCGUCCACGACACCCUCGGGCACGCCUCAAAACAACCAGAACGGGCACAACGGCACGCAGAGCUUCGCCCCUGGCUUCCACCCGGGCUUGCCGUUCUACGGCGGGAAUGGUGCCGGCGGCAUGGGCGGGAUGAGCAACAGCGUUCCAAUGGGCAUGAACAUGGGCGGUGGCAAUGGCGCGAAUGCCUGGCGCGGUAGUACGCCGAGCAACGGUGGGAUGGGCAUCUCGCCUAGCGAGGUGUCGAUCCACCCUGGCCACCACCACUCCCAUUCGCACUCGAUCGGUCAUGCGAAGAAGCCGAGUGCGACGGCGAGCGAGCUCGACAUGCUCUCGACGUCGCUCCCUGUGCACCACGGGUCGCCAGUCUCCGCGGGCCCGGGUCAGUCGGAUCCGCUCACGGUGCUCUCGGAGAAGCGCAGGCGGCGCCGGGAGAGUCACAACGCUGUCGAGCGUCGGCGUCGGGACAACAUCAACGAGCGGAUCAGCGAGCUUGCGGGGCUGAUCCCCUCUGCGUUGUUCGAGUGCGAUUCUCCUCUUCCCCUACCUACCGCUCAAUCGUUGAGCGUGAUCGUCCCUGGCAUCACUGGCGAGCCAGGCUCAGAGCUCCCCGCCGACCUUUCCGCACUCAACACGGACGGUGCACAAAACACUCCCUCGCUCAACCAUGACGAGCUCUUUGCCAUGUGUGAAGAGGGCGAGGAGUUCACAAUGGCCUCUGCGAAUGGCAACAAUACCUCAUCUGGCAUGGUCAAGAAGGACCCGAGCGAGGACGGCGACAACAAGCUCGGCGGUGGUGGAAUUGGGGGUGCGAACGGGCAGGAUGCGACGAUCAAGGCGAACAAGGGGAUGAUCCUCCGCAAGUCCGUCGAGUACAUCCGCUACCUGCAGCAGCUCGUCUCCAUGCAGGCUUCCCGCUCGCGUGACCUCGAGGAGCGUAACCGCCACCUCGAGUCCGAGCUCGGCAUCGAACAUUCUCCAGACGACGGUCCGUCUACGCCGUCGCUCAAUGGGAACGGGCACUCUCAUGCUCUCUCGCAACAGUCGGAGAUGCUCGCGGACGUGCCUGAGGGCGUCGAAGGCGAGGAGGAUGAAGAGCGCGGACGCCGGAGGGAGCGCAAGGGGGAGCUUAACGGUCUAGGGGAGCACGAGCAAGUGGGUUCAAUGGAGCGUGAGGACGGGCGGGACACGGCGAUGGAGGAGUGAGUGGGGGUGGCAGAGGGGCCGUGGGUGGUGUUGUGGGCUUUUCUAUUUCCCCCUGUUCGUCUUGUUACGAAUGAGGAGGGCGCCGAGGGACGAUGGAUGUAUGCGCGUGGUGGGUAGGCGGGAUGCCAGCCCGGACCAGUGUACUAAAAGCGCCUCGUGGUGGGAAGUGGUGGUGGUGGUGAUUGCGUCGGUCUCUCUUGUUUCUUCUUUGCUUCCUCGUCACGAUCAUCUUAUCGACGCUACGACACUACACCUACUACGCCUCUUCAACGAUUCCUGGAGUUCUCGAUCUGUCCUCGUCGGUCUCCGCUGGCGGGAGCAGCGGAGAUCGUUUCGCUUCUAUGCAGUCUACGCCUGCGCGACUUGGACUGCGUAACAACAUCAACAAAAUGUACUAUAGCUCUCUUCAUCACUUUUGGGUUACGAACUCUACGGACUAUGCCCCACGCUCUGCACUCAGUGCACCCUUGACGCUUGCUCUAUGCUUCCCUUGUCCACACGCCCCCCUAUGCCACAUUGCCAGUCGUCUUUCCCAUCACACACGUUUUGUAACAAUAUGCAUUUACGCAGAAUCUUCCUUAAACUCUACGUUAAUCCACCCCGUUCACUUUGUGUCACUUCAAGCGUCAUCAUCCUGAUCCUUCAUCUAACUCUCCCACUCCCGACUCCCCAAACCUACCUUACGAAUUCCUCUCCCACACGCUUUCGCUGUCACCUCGUCCCCCAUUAACUCGCCCCCUAUUGCGCCUCGACUUCAUUAUCCUGUUCAUUUCACACUCUUCGAACUAUUCAUCCCCAUCUUUGUCCUCGCCAGAGUCCAU